AGCGGAGGGUAGAGUCUACCGCGAAAUAAUACUACGGUUCUACAAGAAAUUUUCCCUUUUAUGGUUACCAGAGGGUUGUCCUGUCAUAGAGAGGAGAUUCAGUCCAUUGGGUCGUUUCUCUCUGGACAGAAAAUUAGACCGGAGAGGGCGCGCACAUCAGGUUUAUUUUCUUGAGAGAGAGAGAGAGAGAGAGAGGGAGAAUGGGGAUCAGGUUCAUUCUGCUUGUGAAUAAGCAGGGGCAGACGAGGCUUGCUCAGUACUACGAAUACCUUACUCUGGAGGAGAGAAGGGCACUCGAAGGAGAAAUCGUUAGAAAGUGUCUUGCUCGCACAGAACAACAGUGUUCUUUCGUCGAGCAUCGGACUUACAAGGUUGUGUACAGGCGAUAUGCAUCACUCUUUUUCUUGGUUGGGGUAGAUAAUGAUGAGAAUGAGUUGGCUAUCUUGGAGUUCAUUCAUCUGUUGGUUGAAACGAUGGAUCGCCACUUUGGGAAUGUGUGUGAACUUGAUAUAAUGUUCCAUUUGGAGAAGGCCCACUUCAUGCUGGAGGAGAUGGUGAUGAAUGGUUAUAUCGUGGAGACGAACAAGUCGAAUAUAUUGGCACCCAUACAUCUCAUGGACAAAGCAUCUUAGUUUGCUUUGACAACUUUAAAGCCACUGAUAUUUCUCUGCCAUGGUCACUUGUGUUUUAUUUAGGCCUUUUUGUGAGCAAGAGCUGGUAUCAGGUCUCAGUUGAUAUGUGGGAUAUUUACCCUUGUUUGUUAGGAGUGACAAAUAAGGAUAGUUUACGCACCAUUGACUUAGUCUGGUUUUUUUUGCUUGGAAAAAUAUCCGGUGUAAUUUAGAAAUAAUAUCCUUUCAUAAAUUUUAGUCUUUGGAAAGUUUAAGUUUGUCUUUGGUGCUGAGAGAGAAGAGUGUUUUUAGUCUCACAUGGCGAACCAUAAAGAGAAUGUCAUGUUUAAAUAAGUGAAUUCCUUA